GCUGACCUCGCUGUGUUACAAAAUUAAAGCCAGAUGAAUACAAACAUUGGGGGUGACAGGUCCUCCCCAUUAGCCAAUUUAGUUAUGAACAACAAAAAGAAGCAGAAAUUACAUAUAGAAAACUGCAUUUGAAAAUGUUCAAGUGGCAAAGUCGAGCGCGCAGGAGUUAGAAAACGCUAGAAUUAAGGUUACCCGUCCACAGUUCAUCUAGUGCUGGAUGGUGCUCAAUGACUGGUGCUCAUCACCAUAAUAUCAGAGGGCUUCAUAGACAUCAAACUUGUCUUCUCACAGCCCCUGUGAGGGAGGGAAAUAUUAUUAUCCCCAUUUUGCAGAUGAUCAACUGAGGUAUGGAGCGAUCAAGAAGAAGACAUCUCAUCUGGUGAAAGCAGUGGAGAGAGAGCAUGGCCACGAGCCAAGGACUUUGGCUGGAAGUGGAGGUACAGAAAUUCUGAGGGAACUAGGCUGUUCUUCAAGUAUUUGUGAACUGCUGGCAAAUUAGGAAGCACUGGGAAUUUCAUGAAAAAGAACCUGAAAAACUCAAACCUGAUAUCCAGAUUAGAGAGGCAGAAAACCUAAAACUAAAUUUCCAGCUCUUUCAAGCUUUGCCUAUCACUAUCAACAACCCCGUAUCCUCCAACCCGGAACUCCCACUCAGCUCUGCUGUGCAGAGAUAGCCCCAGGAGAUUUGAAAUGCAGCAGAAGAAUCAGCUGUGCCUACAACAUUGACACUUCCAAUCUGCCAGUUAAGAAAUCAAAAGUUCUGAAGAAACAUCCAUUACCCAGCACUGAAGGCAAGAAAAACAUUCGGUAACGUGAGACCAACCACUCAACCGCUCGCCAUGCCCUGCAGCGGAAAUCUCAGAGACGUAUCUUAGGGGCAGCAAUCUGUUACAGAAAACAACUAUCAUCGCCUCAAACGUUGCUCAAGUUCAGCAGCACUGAGCUGUUAAUCCAUACAGCAAAGUUAGCGCCAGCACCACAGAUGUAAAAGAUACGGCCCCAGAGCAGCAGAAGGGUUAAUUGUGGCUCUGUCUAUACAGCCCAAAGAAACGGGUAACAACAGUUAUUAAACUUGGUUGCAACUAAACCAUGAUUUCAUCUGGCCAUUGUGAAUGGGGUCAACCUAUGUUAAAGAAAACAUAUGCUUUUAGUUCAGUCCUGGGACCAGCAGCAGCACCAGCAAGAAUGAACUGUAAGGAAGAAGAUGACAACAGCACCGACUGCGGCAGCAAUAACGUGAAGAAGAUGUUGAAGUGCGUGGUGGUUGGGGAUGGUGCAGUUGGGAAAACCUGUCUGCUGAUGAGUUAUGCCAAUGAUGCCUUCCCGGAGGAGUACGUGCCCACUGUAUUUGACCACUAUGCAGUGACUGUGACUGUCGGAGGCAAGCAGCACUUGCUGGGGCUAUAUGAUACUGCAGGGCAGGAGGACUACAAUCAGCUGAGACCCCUCUCCUAUCCCAACACGGAUGUGUUCUUGAUCUGUUUUUCUGUGGUGAACCCUGCCUCUUACCACAACGUCCAGGAAGAGUGGGUGCCUGAACUGAAAGUCAGCAUGCCGCAUGUGCCUUAUGUGCUCAUAGGAACACAGAUUGAUCUUCGUGAUGAUCCGAAAACUUUGGCUCGACUACUUUAUAUGAAGGAGAAACCCCUCACUUACGAACAUGGAGUGAAACUGGCUAAAGAGAUUGGUGCACAGUGUUAUUUGGAAUGUUCAGCCCUGACACAGAAAGGCCUUAAAACAGUCUUCGAUGAAGCAAUCCUCACCAUUUUUCACCCUAAGAAAAAGAAGAAACGCUGUGUGACAUGCCACAGCUGCUGUACAGUUGUAUGAGGUCACUUGAAAAGCAAAGCAGGACAGUGCUAUUGUUCAACUAAACCCCCCAGGUUAGAAUGGCAAUGAGCGUCACACACAAACUGAAAUGGGGAACAUGACCAGAAAGGAGUCUUAUUAAACCAUAUAUGAUUCCUCCAUUCUGUGAAACCUCAGGCUGUAACAUGUUAGCCAGCUAAUGUCUAUUUGCUUUCCUAACCCUAUAGAGCUGCAUGCAGCCUGUUCCCACACUAUGCUCGCAUGCACUGAGCCAGUAUAAAACAGAAUGUCUGCUAAUGGCUGACUCUGAAUCAGGUAAGGGUGCUGUGUGGAAAACUUUAAAAACACUGUAAAACCACCAAGAAAAACUUCAUUUGUGGCCUUAAGCAAGAAUUGAUCAAAAGUAUAAAUUUAUAAUACUUAAGAAUUGAAUAUGAAUGGAUCAAAAGCACAGAGAAAUCAUUAGGAGUUUAAUAUGUAAUCAUAUAUGUUAUAUAUAGGAUAUACUUUCAAAUUACUUUUCUUUAUAAGAUACUCACUAAUUUCAGGAUCUACUUUAGUUUGUUUAAAAUGACAUGAAAGCAAAGCGGUAGUGACUCCAAUUCGCAGUCAUUUAACUCAUGUUACAGCAUCAAGCCAUCAAAAUGGAUCAAUAUUUACAUCCAGAUUGAAGGAACGUUCUUUUUACUACACAAAAUGACAAAUAUCUCUAUUUUCUACAGAAUGUGUCCAGGCUGGACCAGGAGGUUUUCAGAAGCUGGGUGAGGGAAAACAGUAUAAGUGAAAAACUGUAGCAGUCAUUUGCAGAAACAGAGUGAUCAUAUCACCAAAAAAUCUUGUGACAGACAUGAAAAACCAGGGAGGUGUUGCAUUGCCACGAGUAUUAUAAAUUCACUCUACAGAUUGGGUGCAUUUCCACAUCUCACCCAGCGGAUGAAAACAAAAACAAACAAGCCAAAGUCACAUUGAUGUGAAGUGCUUUAUAAUGAUCCAGUUGCCUUAUUUGAAAUAGUUUUUUAGAAAUGAUCUUGUGUAAAGGUAUUAAUUGGAGCGGACUUUUAAACAUGUCUAUUUACUGUAGUCCUCUCUCUGCUCUUCAUUGCUUUGUCUGGGUCUUCCAUGUUCAUUAUUGCAAUUAGCAGUUAAGGUAUAGUGUGGGUAUGCUACUCAGGAACUUUCUUUCAGACAAUAUGCAGGAUGAAGUGCUGCAGCAUGCAGUACGGAGACAGGAAGCCUGAACCUCAAGGGAAUGAAAGCUGACAAUAAGCACUCUUUGCUGUUGAAUAAAGUGUGCCUUUUCGCUAAGGCUUCUCCAGGGAGCCUGUUGUUUUGCACAUCACAGCAAGAUGCCGUUAUACCACAGACACUCGGAGGUGAACUGUGAGGGUGUCUUAUUACUUACAUCUGCCUAUGAGUGCCUUGGAAAUGCCCAUGUAGCUGUCUUGUUAUGGAUUUCAUUUCUGAUCAUACCUCUCCAAGGCAUACAAUUACAAUGCCAGCAAAUCCAUGUUUCUAGACCUAUAAAGUAACUCCCUGAAAAAAGCAACUGCCAGAGUCAGUGUUUCCAGACCUAGUAUGGAAUUGAACCCUCUCUCACCAGCAAAGUACUAGCACAGGGAUUAAUUUACCCACCCAUGUGUUGGAAGAGCCAGCAUUCUCCUCUUUUGAUGUUCUGUACAGUGCUUGAGUCUAUAGAGGGGCAGCUAGAAAGCCUCUGCCAUUAACUGGAGAUUAGGGAACCAAUCCUACAGUCCUGAUUCAGGUAUAACUCCCAUUGACUUCAGUGGGAUUUUGAGCAAGGACUGUAACAUUCGGCCCAAAGUAAGCAACAUCAUAGAUACAAGGCCCAAUCCCACCUUCAUUGCAAUCAAAGACAAAACUCCCAUUGACUUCAGUGAUGAUGACAGUAUCCUUUACUACACAGAUAUUUAUAGAAGAUUUUCCUAUAUGAGAUUGUUGUCAUUACAUUGUAAAAGCCUUGCUCUGGAUUCCAGCUGCACAGCACCCAUUAAAAUCAGUGGGAAGUGCAUGGCUAGAAUGUAUUGGCUGUAUCUUAAGGGUAAAUGAAGCAAUUUCUGUUUUAGUAAAUGCAGCUUACUAGAAUUCAAGGGCCCACAAUCCCAUGGACACUAAUUUAUGCUUUGCCAUUGACUCUAAUAGGAGCAGGAUCAGAUGCCAAAACAUUUAUAUCAGUACAGGUCACCCAUUAUCUCCGAGACAUAAGGCAUAUUUAGCUAUGGUAAUUAGUAAGUAAGUGUCUUUUGCUAUGUUAUUGCUAAGGAUACGAUUCUGUCAUGGAGGUCACGGAUUCCAUGACUUUCUGGGACCUCCAGGACUUCUUCCAGGGCAGGGCUGGAGCAGCUGUCAGCCCCAGGGCCGCCAAAGCAUUAGCUCCAGGGCUGAAACCCACUGGGGAUGAAGCUGCAGCUGUCAGCCCCUGCCACAGGAGCAGCAGUGGGAUUAGAACAGCAGCCAGUGGUCAGCCCCGGGGACUGCUGGAGCAGAUAGCUGGUGGUUGGCCUGAGGGUCACCGGAACAGCAGUCCCCCAGCCAUCAGAAUAGCAGCUGGCCCCAGGGCCAUCAGAGCAGUGAUCCUCCAGGCCGCCGGAGCAGCAAUCCCUGGGCUGCUGGAGCAGCUGGCCAGCAGGUGCCCCAGCACCGCCACAGCAGUGGCCAGGCUUGGAUGAGCCCUCCUGAGAAUGGAGCAGCAGAGGGUUCAGCCCCCAAUAGUACUAGUUGUUAGUCCCCCAUCCUGCCCCCGCAGGGUAUUUUUUACUAAAAGUCAGGGACAGGUCACAGGCAUCCAUGAAUUUGUGUUUAUUGCCCAUGACCUGUCCUUGACUUUUAGUAAAAAAUACCUGCAACAGAAUCUUAACCUUAAUUAUUACACAGUGGAAUUGUGAUAAACAUUGGGUCACUGUCCAUGGACAUGGCUGAAAAUGAAGUUGUAGUAAGUCAGAGAUGCUAAAGAAAAUCUGGUGUGCGCCUUAGGGUAUAAAUCCCUAGUGAACACUCUGGGUCCCGUUUCAUCCUGUCGAAGGGGUUGUCUUAGAAUAUGUUGACAGAAAGUUUGGGAAACGUAGCUCGGACCAGAAAGCGAGCCUGGCGACGAUGUCGUUUUCUUUCGUAUGAAAGUAGCUGUGGUUUGCGUCUAGCUGAAUGUGUUAAUUUCCUAGUGCAGCUGGGCUGCAGGUAGCAUGUCUGGCAGUGGGUUCUCUGGACUCCCACGUAUCAGAGGUGCAGCAGGAAAGCUAGGAGCAGAUUGAAUAUAGAAAUGUUUGGGGAUUAUUUUAUUGACUUAAGGCCUGACCCAAAUCCCCAUGAAAUGAACAAAAGCCCCCUGCCCCAAUCAAUGUAUUUCAAUGGACUUUGUAUCAAGGGUUUAGAGCUCAAUCUGAUCCCACUGAGGUUUGCCACUGAUUUCAAUGGAAGAUGGCCUGCUUAUUCCGUUCCCCAGGAAUUGACUCGAUAUACAGUAUACAUAUACCCAUGAGUCCCUGGGUAAGGGAGAAAUGGGACCAAGUCUCUUUCACCUGAACUGCAAUACAUGCCCUAAGGUUGGAUCUGCCAGAUAAUGUUACAGCUUCUCUAAAUUGAAGAGAAACUAAAACUCUAGAUUGACAGCUGUGCUUAUAAAAUAAUGAGUACUUUGGAAAAGUGCAAUAUAUCAGUCCCAUCAUGCCUCUGAGGAAGCCACAAAUAAUCGAACGAUGGGGUUUGGGUGGUGUUUAAUUUCAGUGGUGCCUGUUAAUAAUGAUGCUAUGACAUAUGAUAGGCAUGUUAAAUCAGAAAUUAAUAUAACUGCAGUAAUUUUGGGAAACUAAAUACUGUGAUAAUCGAUGCUAAAAUGCUAAUAUCCUCAUAUAUUAAAAACUACAGACCUCUGUACAAAUCAUUGCAUAGUAGAGAAAGCAGAUGGAGCAAUAUUAUUAUUCAUGAAAAAAUAUUUUAAUUAAUGCAAGGCAAGACUUUUUUGCACUUAUAAAGUGAAGUAAAUCAAUUUUGCAAGGUGAUAAAACUGUGAAUUAAAGAGAUGCUUUCAAGCUGCUUAUAACCAAAAUUUGACCUAUCCUCAAAGGGUAACAAUCCACUUAGAAAUGGCCUCUGGAUUCUAUGUAUUUUUUAAUUUCCUGUCAUCAAAAAUAAAUGUUUUAAAUAUACCCACACUUUAUGUAGGUCCUACAAGUAGGGGCGGCUCUAGGCAUUUUGCCGCCCCAAGCACAGCAGGCAGGCUCCAGGACCAGCAGACCCUCCGCAGGCAUGCCGCCGAAGGCAACCUGCCUGCUGCCCUAGUGGCGACCGGCAGAGCGCCCCCAGUGGCUUGCCACCUCAAGCACGCGCUUGGCAUGCUGGGGCCUGGAGCAGCCCCUGCCUACAAGGCCAAAUUUUCAAAAGGCCUCUUUAACUGUCCCCUGACCCUCCCGCCCCGUAUUUGUGAGUGCACAUACUUCUAUGCCCAGUAACUUCCCAGCUGUAAAACUCACUAUGUAUUUUUGAGGGAAGGAGCUCAGCUUGCAUGGGUAAAUGUGAGUUGCAGAGGCACAAGUCGAUGCCCUUUCCAAAUGUUGUGGGCAGAGUUAAGGAUGACCUUUGAAAAUUGGUCUACGGUACCGUGUGCUUUUCUGCUACGGAGCCAGCAGCUGGAGUAUGAACUGAUGAGCAAAGACUAUUCUCAGAAUUGUUGUGACAACGCUGGUGGUUCUAAAGCAGAAACACGGAAAUGAAUAGAAACAUCAGAUUAUUUUUCAAGCCCCAUUAGAAACAACAGAAACAAUAACCAUUUGCCUACUGAAAGGCUGUAGACCAGCAAUCUAAUGUUACGGUGCCAAGCACCUGCAGUGCCCACUGGAAAUCAGGCCCUGAAUUCAUAAGGAAGGCAAAUGUUAUUUUAAAGCCUAUUAGAGUAAGCAAAGAGUAAAAACUACUCCAAGAAAUUAUUUAACAAUGAUAAUAGUUUAUCUCAAUUGAUGUCAAAGCCGUUUCUGACAGACCUACUUUUGUUAAUAGCCUAUUAUCUUUUCAAAUGCUUUCAGAUCUUAAAAAGAAUGUGCUAAACCCUAGCCUGGGCCUUUUUUUUUUAAAACCUACAUAUUCUAUCAAGAGUUGGUUUGAAUUAAUAACUAAAAUGUAAAUAAGGUCCCAGCAAAAAUAUGCGUGGUGAGCUCUUUGACGGUGCAUGCCAAUAAACGGAUGCUUUGUUGUCACCUCGGGUCUGAUCAAAUCAUUCUAAUGCUUACAGGACUUCCAUAGACUUCGACCUCAGUUAUGUAAUCAUAUGUAAUGCAGGAUGGGGCACUUAGUAAUUAAACAAAAUAUAUUCCAGCAGAUAGGAGGGCUUGUCUGUCUUGCAUGAGAAAUUUCUUCAGCCUAAUAAAAUUCAGGAGCUUUUCUAAUUAAUUUGGAAGAAGGCGUUUGUCUUAAUUAUUAUUUUUACAGGAACAAUUCUGAACAGAGCUGCCACCGGACACAAACUUUGUUAAGCUUGGCACUCUUAACAUACAAACAUUCUUAAGUCCAUAAAACUGAAUGCAGAGCCUGGGGCAUGCGGCCUGGAAUAGAAAACUAAAGCUGAAAUUUUCAGAACUGUCUGAAUUGGGCAUUCAGCUCCCUUAGGCAAUUUUGGAUCUCUCAGCCUAAAGGUACCAAAGUGGUAUCUAAUGAGGAGCAACAAGAAAAAUGUUUGCACACGUAUAUUUAAAGACCUGAUCCAAAAGCCACUAAUGCUGAUAGAACCCUUUCAGUUGACUCCAACGGGCUUCCGAUCAGGACCUAAAUUCAACAAUAUAUACACUAUGUUUAGUGGUAUUUCUGUGAUCUAUUUUAACGAAAUUCCCCAUGUUGCCUGGUCCCCUGUCAUGUCACGUAGGAGAGGAUGCUACUGACUUAGCGUGGGUCAGAUUGUGGCUGGUCCUGCACGCCGGAGCAAUGGAGUAAGGGGGUGUAAGGAGCACCCUUCUUCUUUUGUGCCAUACCACCCCUCGUAGCACAUGAGCAGUAGCAGGUUCCACAGAGUCACUAGGUCUCUCUCCCUUUUGCCCUAUAGGCCCUACCCCUAGUGAGUAUGUGCACCUCUCACUGAUCUGCCUUUUAAAUAUCUCCCGCGCAACUUGUAAAGAACCAUCUGUUACAUCAGAUCAAAAAACAAAACGUUUUUCUCAAGAAAGUCCCAAUCCAGCACUCAGUGACGUCAAUGGGAGUCUUUCCAUCGGGGCCGCCAGGGGGGAGCAAGUGGGGCAA